AUGGAAAAGCCGUCCUACGAAGACUGCGCAGAUGUGCUUUCUGCUGAACAACAAAGCACAACAUGGCAAACCUUAUAUACCUGCAACCGUCGUCUGAAGAGAGCCUUUAGGAUGCUGCUUGUGCUUGCCAUUCUUUUUGGCCUCCUUUUUGCCGGAUUCCUGUAUUUGACUGUGCAAAUUGGCCGUGAGCGAGACCUAGUUCUUCACUUGGAGCAGCAAAUCAAUGAAUAUGAAAAUCAUGGAAAUGCCGUCAGCAAGCGUGCCAUCCCAUGGUUCCUCGGUGCCGCGUUCUGGGUCACGAACCAGAUCUUCGCGUUCUAUGGGCUGGCAAGCAGCUGUAAAUCCUUCACCGAGAGUGCUGGCAAUGCUGCCCUUUGCAUCUGGGGUGCCAUCUCGACAGCAGCGACAUUCAUCGGGACCGCCGCCCACGGAGCGUCAGCAGUGAAAUCGAUUCAUGACCGGUUGGCUCAGAACGGUAUUUCUAUUGGCAAUUGGAAGCGGGAUGACGCUGUUUCCGAGGCAGAGGCGGAGAUGAGCAAGCUCCUGCAGCUCCCUGUGACCCUGGACGGGUUCAUUCCACACCACCACCCGAAGCUAAGACGCAUGAAGUUGGCAGAGGGUACGCUGUGGCCUGUUUUUCACUUCUAUAACCACCACAAUACCAGCAUGCAUUUCACUCUCACUGCUUAUGAGGAGGACUAUGCCGUCAUGACUUUGGGCUUUGGUCACAAAAGCGACAACAGCAGCAUUGCCAGAAGAGAAUCUUACAACGACGAAUACUUUUCGAACGGUGGGAUUGAUUUCACGGAUUGCUUUAAUAAUCAGCAAAGCACGUACUUGCUCAACACUGGAUCGGACUAUCAACAGAUGGACCGGGAUAUCGAAUGUUACUUCCCUGAUCUCGCGAACACGUGGGGUGCGGAAAUUCAGCUAUAUGACUCGAAUAUUCAGGGGACCAUUGGGUCGGGGUCAAUUGCUGCUUACAGGGGAAGUGACCAUGCUAGUAGUAUCAAUGACAUGCCUGGUUGCCCAGCAGGUGUCUCAUCCUCGAGUAAAUGCAAAAGCGCGUAG